GGCUGAGACCAUUCCACGACAUCGAUUUCAAAAUUGACUUUCCAAUCGUUUACGUCUCGUGCUCUCUCACCGCUUCACUCUAUAACAUAGCUUAACAUAAUCCCUUCCAUGUAUGCGUUAUUUCCUCUUUCCACACGGCGUAAAGACAUCUCGCCGAAAUGAGAAACUCGUCUCCUUUCUCCUUCUUCCUCCUCCUCCUUCUCCUUUCUCACAAGGCCUCGUGCGAUCCCCGCUGCGAGCCCAUCAAAGCCAGCGAUGUCGACCGGGUGCAGUUCGCCAUGAACUUGGAGUUCCUGGAGGCCGAGUUCUUCCUGCGCGGCUCACUCGGCCAAGGGCUCGACAGCAUUGCCCCAUACCUGGCCCAGGGCGGUCCGCCGCCGGUCGGUGGGGCGAAGGCCGACCUUGACCCCAUCACCCGUCGCAUCAUCGAAGAGUUUGGUUAUCAAGAAGUUGGCCAUCUCAGGGCUAUCUACACGAGGGUCGGUGGAAUCCGGAGGCCUCUGUUGAAUCUAAGUGCCCAGAAUUUCGAGACGCUAUUCGACCGAGCCGUGGGUCGCCCGCUGCAACCUCCUUUCAAUCCAUACGGCAAUACUGUGAACUAUCUCUUGGCAUCCUAUGUUAUCCCCUACGUGGGACUCGUAGGUUAUGUCGGCACCAUCCCAUUCCUCGAAAGCUACAAUUCCAAAAGCUUGGUUGCAUCGCUAUUGGGCGUGGAGUCGGGCCAGGAUGCGGUGUUGAGGACGCUGUUGUACGAACGAGCGGACGAGAAGGUCGAGCCUUACAACAUGACCGUGGCCGAGUUCACCAGCCAUCUGUCGAGGCUCAAGAAUGAGCUCGCCAUGUGUGGGCUGAAGGAUGAGGGCAUCAUGGUGCCUAAGGAGCUUGGGGCUGAGAACCGGACCACAAGCAAUGUGUUGUCGGCAGAUGUGUACUCGGUGUCAUACUCGCGGACCCCGCCGGAGAUACUGAGGAUAAUCUAUAACAGUGGCAGUGAAUACAAGCCCGGCGGGUUCUACCCGGAAGGGGGAAACGGGCGUAUAGCUCAAAGUUUCUUGAAGAAAGAUUAGGGAGAAUAUGAUGAAUGCUUAUAAAGAAUAAUGUAACAUUGUCUUUCCUGUACUCAUUACGUUAAACAGAAAUGAAUAGCUACCUUAUCAUAUUUAA